AUGAAUUUGCAGGUCGCAGAGAUACCAGGAAAUGAGGUUGUUGACUCAGCCCAUGAGAGACAAGAGCCUCCUCUUCAUCUAGGAAACCAGUUGACACCACCGACCAAUAGGAGUUCGUCAGCUCGUGCCAGCAGGACAUCACCGACACUUCUGGACAAUUCUAACAGGACAUCACCAUCGUAUGCAAACAACACCAUUGUUUCAUCUUCACAUUCUACAGGAAGUGCUGCAAGCAGUCUACUCCCAAACAUUUUGGACAAGAUGCGAGACAUGGGCUUUCCUAGCGACCUCGUGGAAACAGCUUUGACCGAGGUUGAAUUAACAGAUAUCUCAGAGAUGGACGCGAACACUCUAGUUGAAAAAAUUGUUGAACUGCAGCAGAGAAGUGAGUCCGACUCAGUUCAUGGGGAGCAUGAUUGUCGCACAGACAUGCAGACCGAUGGAGACACUUCGUUUCUCAGUGAAGAAAUAAACCAAAUUCGUCGGCUGCGGGAGGAGAACGCCCGCCUGAAGGCCAGACGUCUGUGUCGCACGUGCAAAACCUCCAUGGUGGGCAUGAUCUUCCUGCCGUGUGGUCACGUGGUCAGCUGUAGCGAGUGCGGAGCCAAGACUCGCCACUGUACCCUCUGUAACGAACUUAUUCGCGCAACAGCUAAUGUGUUCCUCAGCUAAGCUAAUAAUCGCAGAUAUUAAUUUCAAGGUAAACAUGUGAACUAUGCAAAAAUACAUUUUAAAUUCCUCUGUCCUCCUCUGGACAUCUCUCUCUCUCUCUUUUAGACGCUGUGGUUGUUGUAACAUAAAAUGUCUUUAAGAUCUACUAAUAUUUGCAAUGGCGUCUGAUAUACAUUUUCUCCAUGUUUUCAAUUUAUCACUACUAAAUAUAUAUUUGAUAAGAUUUAUUUGAAACCCUGAUGACCUUGUAUUGAAUAUAUUCAUAGUAUGUGCAAUCCUCCCUCAAAGGCUGAAAGCUUCUAAUCUGUGAUAAGCUAAAUAGAAGUCGCUGCCCCUGCUGAUGUUUUCUUGUGCGCCUUCGAUGUAGAUACGCGUAAAUUUCAGAAGGUGCUUUGAAAUAAAUUGGAAUAUCUACCUUAUAACAAAUAUCUGCAUUUAUUAAUAUUUUUCAGAUGUUAUUUUGUAUCAAGUAUUUUAAUGCAUGCCCCUUGUUUACCUUGUUUCAAUUUCUGUCUUGUAUAAGAAUAAUUAGUCCUUAAAGCAAGGCUCUUUGUUUAUUUAUGUACAUAUAUAAUAUACUUGCAUAUAAAAUAAUACUUGUACGAUAUAGUAAGUCAUCAACUCGUGUACUUUUCAAUGUUUAUAAUGAUUAGUUCAUUAAUAUAAUAACACUACAGUUAUAGGAAUUGCAAAAAGGAAUAAAGCUAUUUUUUUACAAUA